AUGGAAACCGGAAUUAUUAUCCAGGCUUUUCUCUUAUUCGCUUUGACGAAUUUCGCUCACUCUGCGGAGAUUACCGGUGGAAAUAACACAGUGAAAAUUCCGGAAUACAUAAUUCCCUGUCCGAGAUCGCACGAGAACAUCAACAAAUGCCUGGCGAACACCUUCAACCAUCUGCGUCCCUAUUUGAAGACCGGAAUCGAGGAAAUCGACGUGCCCAGCAUCGAUCCGUUAGUAAUCGAUAACAUGGUAAUGGAAAACGGACGGGGCCCCAUCAAAAUCAAAGCGCUGUUUUUCAAUAUCACCGCCGACGGCGCCAGCGAUUACACCGUUACGGGAAUAAACGCCGAUUUGAGCAAGUACGUGAUCGAAUUGAAGCUGCACCUGCCCAAAGUCGAAGCCACCGGGAAAUACGAUGUCGAUGGGAACGUGCUGUUGUUUCCCAUCAAAUCGAAGGGCGACUUUUGGGCCGUGUUCAACGAUGUAAAUGGCGCCGGUAGGAUCUACGGCAAGGAGUUCUCCGACGAAAAGGGCGUUAAAUUCAUGGCUGUGGAGAAGAUAUUGGUGGAUUUUCGAUUGAAAAAAACGCGGUUCAGGCUCAAGGAUGUUUUCAACGACGGGAAUUUAAUCGGGGAGGCUAUGAAUCAGUUUUUGAAUCGACAUUCCGAUGAAAUCGUGAAAGAAAUGCGACCUGCCGCAAACGCAGCGCUGGCUAAAUAUUUCAAAGUUUUCCUCAAUAAGGCCUUCGUUAAACUGCCUAUGGAAGUGUGGCUGCCGGACUCCUAA